UGGGCGGCCGGACUACAAAGCCCGGCGGCCCCGACCCCUGCGAAGGGCCGGUCCACUUGGAGCGGCCCGGGAGAAAGAAAAUCUCUUUGUCCUGAGGGGGCUCGUGGGUGGUCGCGGAGCGGGGUUCUGUGCGCUGGGAAAGGGAAGUGGAGGUCUCUGAAAAAAGAUGAAUUUGGCUGAGAUUUGUGACAAUGCAAAGAAAGGAAGAGAAUAUGCACUUCUUGGAAAUUAUGACUCAUCGAUGGUGUAUUACCAGGGGGUGAUUCAGCAGAUUCACAGGCAUUGCCAGUCAGUCAGAGACCCAGCUGUCAAAGGCAAAUGGCAACAGGUUCGGCAGGAAUUAGUAGAAGAAUAUGAACAAGUUAAAAGUAUUGUCAGCACUUUAGAAAGUUUUAAAAUUGACAAGCCCCCAGAUUUCCCUGUGUCCUGUCAAGAUGAACCAUUUAGAGAUCCUGCUGUUUGGCCACCUCCUGUACCUGCAGAACACAGAGCUCCACCUCAGAUAAGGCGUCCCAGUCGAGAAGUAAGACCUCUGAGGAAAGAGGUGCCAGGAGGAGGGGCCCGUGGGCCCGUAGGCCGAGCACAUCCCAUCUCAAAGAGCGAGAAGCCCUCCUCAAGCAGGGACAAGGAGCACCGAGCCCGCGGGAGGGAUGACAAGGGAAGGAAAAAUAUGCAAGAUGGUGCAAGUGAUGGUGAAAUUCCAAAAUUUGAUGGUGCUGGAUAUGAUAAGGAUCUGGUGGAAGCUCUUGAGAGAGAUAUUGUCUCCAGGAAUCCCAGCAUUCAUUGGGAUGACAUAGCAGAUCUGGAAGAAGCUAAGAAGUUGCUAAGGGAAGCUGUUGUUCUUCCCAUGUGGAUGCCUGACUUUUUCAAAGGAAUUAGAAGGCCUUGGAAGGGCGUGCUGAUGGUGGGCCCCCCAGGCACUGGUAAGACCAUGCUGGCGAAAGCCGUUGCCACUGAGUGUGGCACCACGUUCUUCAACGUUUCCUCGUCCACACUGACAUCCAAGUAUAGAGGAGAGUCGGAGAAGCUGGUCCGCCUGCUGUUUGAAAUGGCUAGAUUUUAUGCUCCCACCACGAUCUUCAUCGAUGAGAUAGAUUGUAUCUGCAGUCGAAGAGGAACCUCUGAUGAACACGAGGCAAGCCGCAGAGUCAAGUCUGAACUGCUCAUUCAGAUGGAUGGAGUUGGAGGAGCUUUAGAAAAUGAUGAUCCUUCUAAAAUGGUUAUGGUAUUGGCUGCUACUAAUUUCCCGUGGGACAUCGAUGAAGCUUUGCGAAGGAGAUUAGAAAAAAGAAUAUACAUACCUCUCCCGACAGCCAAAGGAAGAGCUGAACUUCUGAAGAUCAAUCUUCGAGAGGUGGAAUUAGAUCCUGAUAUUCAACUGGAAGAUAUAGCAGAGAAGAUUGAGGGCUAUUCUGGUGCUGACAUAACCAAUGUUUGCAGGGAUGCUUCUUUAAUGGCAAUGAGACGGCGUAUAAAUGGCUUAGGUCCGGAAGAGAUCCGCGCACUUUCUAAAGAGGAACUUCAGAUGCCUGUUACCAAAGGAGACUUUGAACUAGCUCUUAAGAAAAUUGCUAAGUCUGUCUCUGCUGCAGACUUGGAGAAGUAUGAAAAAUGGAUGGUUGAAUUUGGAUCUGCUUGAAUUUCUGUUAGCUUGAAUUUCUGGUAUCUUUAUUUAUAAAAUGUGAAGAAAUUCUUGAAAAUUUUUAAAAACAGAUUUGGAAUUCUUCAUUGGAGAGAUUUUCACUUAAGGGGAAAAAAAUCUCCAAACCACGGAGAGUAGUAAAUGUAGUUGAGUAAUAAGAAACACUUACCUGCAGGGCCUCGCGCUGCUAUUCCAUGUAUCCCGCCAGUAACGCUGCGCGCUCCAGACCAGGGCCGCCGAGGCCGAAGAAGGCUGUCAGUGGACUCUUUCAGGAGCUCGUUUACAAAAGAUCGAGAAGGAGCUUGAAUUUGUCGGUUUUUCCAAUUUUUCCAGUUCUUUGCUCUGUGAACAUGAGGGACCUAUAUGAUGGCUUUUAACAUCAAAAAUGGGUUUGUGUCUAAGUCAUUAUUUUGUUAAGAGAAGAGUGAUGGUACAUUUUAGAUGAAAUGAUGAAUUUGCCAGUUAAAUCCUUUAGAAUUCAAUGGUUAUUUACUGCUAGAGUCUAUCACAUGAUUAGAAUUUUCAUUCUGCGCCCCGUCCCCCGCCUCCCCCCCCCCCCGCCUUUUCUUAUAUUGGCUUUUUAAUCAGUUCUUGAGCUUUAUGGCCUUUGAAUCAUCUUGCCAGGUUGUUUCUCUGGUUUUUAGUAUUUGCUGCUGGUGCUUCUUACAUUUCACAUUGGAAGGGUGGGAAGAAUAUUAUGAUUGCGUAACAGGCAGUUCUUCAUUUUACGCUUUUAUUUUCACUUUUCUUUCAAUAUAUUCAAACAGUUAUAGCCUUCAUCUUUUCUCAGCCCCACCACUGUUUGAUUUUUGUUGAAUUUGACUUUGGUAUUCUGAAUAAAUACUUUGGUAUUCUAAACAAUCCACUUUCUUGUAGCUAAUGCAAAACAAACAAAACAAACAAAAUCUCUGUGGUUUUCCAGACAGCUUGUUUAACAAAAUAGCAUUGUAAUAAUGAACAUUAGGUAUAUUCUUUGAAAAUUAUGUCUUGCAGCCUGAGAACUUUUAUACACAGUAAGAUUAGGAUAGAAAUCCAGCAUGCUUACUCAGUUCAGCAGGAACGAGAAGAUAAAAAGAAGACAGAAAGAGUCGGUGGCAUAUAUCUAAUCGCAAGUAGAAUAUACUGGUGUUAGUUUUUAAAAUUGCAUUUAUCCUAUUUGACUAGGCAAAAUAUACUAUAAUGGCCAAGUUUUUAAAAUUUUUAUUUGAUAUCCUGAAUUCUCAAUUUUAGAUAACCCCUACUAGAUUAAAACUAAAACUAAUAUAACUUUUUAGGCAUUUAAAACGUUUAGUCUCUUGCUUAAGAGAUUUAUUAGUUUCUUGCUUAUCCCUACUAGGAACUAUAAAUGCCUUACAAUCCUUUCAGAUAGCAUAAAUCUGAAUCUAUUUAAAAUUUAAGUAUUCUUCUCAUGCUAUAAAUUACCCCCUUUCCUCUAGGCAUAGAUUUUAAGAGUUAAAAUCAUAAGCCAUCAUGAUUUUAUUGUCAUUGAAUUAAUUCAUCUUGAAAAUUGAAAUGAGAGUUUCCUUUCAUUCGUGAACCUUUUCGUAUGAAGAAAUAAAUAAUCCCACUAAGAUUAUUUUGCAAACUAUUGCCAGCCAGUAGCAUUUUUUUUUCCUAAAUCCUGCAGGCACUUGUUAAAACAUUAGUGUUUCGAUUGUUAAAACGUGUUAACACUUUAGUUGAUUAGUUAGACCAUUCUGGGUUUUGUGUUAUUUGUGUUGGCAUGCAUUUAAUUCUUUUUUCUGAGUUCUUUAUGGGUAAGUGCCAUGGUAGUUGUGAUUCUUUUAUUACCCAUUAAGCAGUAUUUGGAGACUGGAGCUUUCUGGAAGCUUAUCUGUGCCGUGUUGAGUGAGUCAGGUGCCCAUUUUUAUUUCCCUUGUUUCUCAUUUUGCUCUGUCCGUGGAUGGUACAUGCUUUGUUUAUCUUAAACCCCUUAAAGGAUCUUGAAGAGGUCCCUCAGGAUUUCUAUCCAACCUUUGACGCACACUGCAUAUACAUUGCCUUUAUCGCAAAAAGGUAGUGUUUGCCUUACCCAACAUGAGAAUUGUUUUGUUUGUUUUGUUUUUUCUUAGUUGCAAUAGCAGGUAUAUCAUGAAACUACAAAGGUUCGAUUCCUUUAAUUCAUCUGAAAACAUGAUGACAUUUUGCGUACUGCGCACUGUGAUUCUGCUUCGUAGAUAUCUGAUCAGUCUCUUGGUUCUGCACGCCUGUGUUCGUUGCUUACUCUGCCCAAGACACUUGGGAGUUCUGGGGCUCACAGCGCUGGACCGGACGUGAAGGUCCCACUUUGCACUCUCUCUCUAUAUGCUGCAUAUCUUCUGGCUCUACUAACAAAAUGAGUGCUUAGAUCAGAGAUGGACGGGCACACGAAUCUGUGUAUGCCUUCAAAGAUUACACAUAUAUAUAAACUUUUCUUUUUUCUCUUUUUAAAUCUGUUUUAAAAUUAGAACUGAUACCCAAUUUUUUAAAAACUAUGUAACUAUCUCUUAGAGAUCUGGUUAUUUUCAUGAACCAUUUUUAUCAUUUUCCAGGCUAUGUUCAUACUUAUUGUAAACAUUUUGCUCCCAUACUUCCGUUUUUUUUUUUCCUUAAGGAAAUUAUUGAUGAUGAAAUGUACUACACAAAUGGCUCUUAAUGCAGGCUGAAACCUUCUGGUGACCCAAGUGUAGACAAGGCCAGUAGAAAAGACAUCACAGGCUUCAUCUUACAGUCAGCAGCAGCCGACAUUCCUGAGCGUCCUCUCACCUCUGCCUCCAAAGAUGCUAGGAAUACUUGGAUCAGGACAUGCCGUGGUCUCGCUGCGUUAACCAGGGGCUUCAUUCAAGCUCCUGAGAUUGCAGUUUUUGUGAUGUGAUACCUGAGUGUCAAGAAGUGGGCUAAAAGCACUAAUUACUCAGAGUGAGCCGGCAAAUAGCUGGUGACUCUACCACGAACAGCCAUACAGCUACAUCAGGGGGAAGUGUGUGUAUGCAGCCCAGAUUUGUUCAGUAAUUGUCACUCUCCAGCUUUGCUUGCGUAGCCUGACUCUGCUGAAUGUGAGAUUACUGGCACUUUUCAGGUUUGGACAGCCUGAGUCCAUUUGAGUUCCUCCUUUGGCAGGAAGUGAUACACACUGUCAGUCUGCUGAGUCCCUGAGUGUUUCUCCGUGGUUUAGAUGACGAGAAGCAUGACACAGGCACUGGUCGACAGGGUUCUGUUCCCCUCCCUGCCUCUCUAACCAGAGGGAAGCCAAGGGCCGAUGCCGGGAACUCAUGCCUAUGAAUGGCUUUGUUUCCUUUGUGUUGUCUUGUGGAAUCUUUGCUGAUGGUAGAUUCCCACUCUUCGUUUUAUUUUAUUAAUAAGAAAUUACCUUGGGAUCUAUCCUCUGUGAUAGACAUAAAACAUUAAGGGUGUUUGGGCCUUUUCCAAGAAAGGGCCAUCUUAACUUGAAAAAAUAGUAAUUGUUCUGACAUUUUUUGUGUCUUUUGUUCUUUAACUGUUUUGAAUGUGUAAUAUUUUUUAGGUACUAUUUAAUUUGUGAUGCACAUAAUAUUUAUGUGAAUCUAAGAAUCUGUCAUAAUAGAACAAAGUAGGAAUUAUAGUUUGGGCAUGUUAGGGGGAUAAAAAUAUUUAAACCCCAAAUGUUCUAUUCUCAUCUCCACUAAUUAUUUUGCAGAAAAAGCUGAACACUGUUGUAAUUACUGUAAGUUUACUUAUUUAUACUUUUAAAUUAGGCUCUUUCAUACUUAUUUCUUUAGUUAGUUUUUUAAGACAGUUGCUUUUAAUGUUGUUUCUUAAUGUGGAAACUGUAUGAGUAUUUAAAAAAUCAAAUCCCCAAGAUUAUGUAUUUUUUUUUAAACAUUCACUUCAUUAACAAUAAUUCUUUCAAUUUUUAUUAGGUUUUUGGCUCUGGACAACACUAUUUUUAAUGAUAGUACACGUUUCCAGGUGACCUGUUAAUAAGAACAGGAAAAAUAUUAAGGUGAUGUCAUAACAUUUAUUCUUUCAAUUUUAUUGUUUUCAUUUCAUAUAUAUAUAUGAAGGAAACAUGGAUAUGCUUUAUCACCAUCAGCCUAAAGUUUUGUACAUUUGGAAAUAAGUAAUUAGUGUAGAGAAUUAUCCUCCUUUAAAAGGGGUCCCACUUGAUUUUAUGUUCAAAACUAUAAAAUGCACUUUUAUUUUAUAAUCUCUGAAGUGAUUAUAUAUUGCCCCUUGGAAAACCUGAAAUUUUGCACAUUUUAUUCCCAGAGUCUACCUCAGUUAACUAGGCUUAGUUUUAGGGGGGAAUGCAUUGAAAACAUAAUUAAACUCAGUUCAUCAUCCAUGUAGAUUUACUUCUUUAAACACUUCCUUCCCUUCUACUCUCGCCUUCCCAUUGACUUUUUUUUUUUUUUUUAAUUCCUGGGAUUUUUAUAUUUAAAUAUUUUGUCCUUCCUCUGGCAAAGCGAUAUAUUUCAAAUUAAACCUCUUUUCCCCUCUUUAUUAUGUUCAGCUUCAUUAUCUAGAUGUGUUUUGUUCUAAGGAACAAUUUUCAAACACAACUCACAUCCUGCUAUUUUCUCAUAGCUUCAUAAAAACAUACUAAGGUGACUAGAUUAAAAAUUUUGGAACCUCACUCUUCUUGUGUCUGUUCUCUAAGAACUUUAGUACUUUAUGAAAACACACAAAUGGACAGUCUUAUGUUCGUGUGAUGAUGUGGUCCUCAGUUAACUUUGUCGCGGACUCACUGUCUGGAGAUACCACUGUAUGUCCUGGUGGUUUGUACAUGUGUUGUUAAAGAUUUGUAUUUCAGUGUUUGUCUCCCAGUAUUUUGAAGCUCAUUUAAAGAAAAAGACAUUCUAAUUUAUAUUUAUUAAAUGUGUUUUUCCUUACAUCUGUGUGCUGCUACUUUGCUAGUUUCAUGACCUUAGCUGUAUUUAUGUAUAGGUUGUAAUUUGGUAAUAAAUUUGUAAAGUGUGUGUUGGCUGUCGAUGUUUUCUUUGUGGCUCCUGUUUGAUCUGCAGUCACUGAUCUUGUUGCCACCAGUCAGAGCAACAAAUCCCCCACUAGUAUGGAAUGACUUUCCAGCAGAUUUUUAUUUCCUACAGAAUUACAUAUUUUAAACUGGACAUUUUGUGUUGCCAUACAUUAAACUAAUAUUUUGAGGGUUGAUGCAGGUAAGAGUGAGUUUUCAGUAAAUUCUAACUGUUUCAAUAAA